AAGUCCCCUGGCUGUCAAAAAAGUAAUAUGUGGAGCGUAAUUAAAAAACGUAAUGAUCUAGAAUAUGAUGUUGUGCCCAACAGUUGGUUAUGCUUGGAAAAAAAUGUUACUUUCCAUCCCACAUUAACAACUUGGCACAGUUGAAAAGAAUGGUCCGAAAAUGUGCACCAGUUGAAUCUUCCUGGGAAGUUAUGGAAAUAGAGAUAAAAAAACGCGACUAUGAAUCAUACGAACGUGCAAUGGGUGAUGCGAUACGCUUCUCAAAAAGUAAAAAAUCCAUUUCUUCCUCUGAGAAUGAAGCCAUAGGAAAAAGAAAUCCCAAGAAACUAAUUUACUCUGAUGAGGAUGUUACUGACGAUGAUGAUAUAAGUGAAAUUGUUGACAAGCUAGCUACAGAAUCUGAAGACAGUGACAUGGCCAACACAACUCCAAAGGUUCCUAUUCCACCAGCACCUAGUUUACCAUCAAAAAAAGACAAUUCAGUACAAAAAACGGACAAACCACCACUAUCAAAAACACAUAUUAUUGACAAUUUUGUGCCGCCAAGGAUCGGUGUGCACUUGCCAAAGGAAAGAAUCAUCAUUGUGCUUGUGACCAGCCUAUCACAAUGCAGUCUUUGGCUCACAGUUUAUGUGCUAUUUCACGUCAAGUAGAACGAUUGACAUCCCAAAAUAAAAAUGCAAAUCUAGAGACAUUGAGCCAAAUAUCAGAGUUAAAAUCACUGAAUGGAGAGAAAAAUGAUCAUAAACUGCCUGUUCUACAGGAUUCUGACGAGGAAGCAGAGACAAACAAACUUCUGGAAAAUAUGCCUUUAAAAGAAAUCCAAGCUCUCAAAGAUUUUGAUUUAAAAAUGAAAUCACAUAAAAAUUAUUAUCAUGCCAUGAUAUCUGCUCUCCAAGUCCGGGCAAAUACCAAAUCGUCAGUUAAAACCGCUAGGAGCAUUAUUGGUCUGUUAAUCCACCCCCAACUUUGCUCCAAACUAUCCUGGAAGGGCGUACAAAGAAAGGAUCACACUGAUAAGAAAACAUCGUUCAAAGACUUACAAACUUGCCAUUUGAUUUUUCGUGUCACAAGAAAUCUUUUCCCAAAUUUGAAGUCCGAUGACGUGGCAAAAAUUGAAACUACCCUUUCAAACUGGCUGGCCCAAACUGGCUGUGCUGCCAAAUCCAAGGACUUGGAGACAUAG